AUGAGAGAGAAGAAUGCGGCGGUGCAGUUGAGUCUCACACACGCCCCCUACUGUCUCACACACGCCCCCUACUGGCUCACACACGCCCCCUACUGUCUCCACCACGCCCCUACUGGAUCACACACGCCCCCUACUGUCCACACACGCCCCCUACUGGAUCACCACGCCCCCUACUGUCUCACACACGCCCCUACGGCUCACACACGCCCCUACUGGAUCACACCGCCCCCUACUGUCUCACACACGCCCCCUACUGGAUCACACACGCCCCUACUGGCUCACACAUGCCCUCUACUGGCUCACACACGCCCCCUAUUGCUCACACACGCCCCCUACUGGCUCACACACGCCCCCUACUGGCUCACACACGCCCCUAUUGCUCACACACGCCCCUACUGGCUCACACAUGCCCUCUACUGGCUCACACACGCCCCCUACUGGCUCACACACGCCCCCUACUGGCUCACACACGCCCCCUACUGUCUCACACACGCCCCCUACUGGAUCACACACGCCCCUACUGGCUCACACAUGCCCUCUACUGGCUCACACACGCCCCCUAUUGGCUCCACCACGCCCCCUACUGGCUCACACACGCCCCUACUGCUCACACACGCCCCUAUUGGCUCACACACGCCCUCUACUGGCUCCACACCCCCCUAUGUCACACACGCCCCCUACUGGCUCACACACGCCCCCUACUGGCUCACACACACCCCUACUGGCUCACACACGCCCCCUACUGGCUCACACACGCCCCCUACUGUCUCACACACGCCCCCUACUGGAUCACACACGCCCCCUACUGGCUCACACAUGCCCUCUACUGGCUCACACACGCCCCCUAUUGGCUCACACACGCCCCCUACUGGCUCACACACGCCCCCUACUGGCUCACACACGCCCCCUAUUGCUCACACACGCCCUCUACUGGCUCACACACGCCCCCUAUUGGCUCACACACGCCCCUACCUGGCUCACACACGCCCCCUACUGGCUCACCACACCCCCUACUGGCUCACACACGCCCCUACUGGCUCACACACGCCCCCUACUGGCUCACACACGCCCCCAACUGGCUCACACACGCCCCCUACUGGUUCAACACACCGCCCCUACUGGCUCACACACGCCCCUACUGUCUCACACAUGCCCCUACUGGCUUACACACGCACCCAUACUGGCUCACACACGCCCCUACUGGCUCACACGCCCCCUACUGUCUCACACACGCCCCCUACUGUCUCACACACACCCCCUACUGUCUCACACACGCCCCCUACUGGCUCACACACGCCCCCUACUGUCUCACACACGCCCCCUACUGGAUCACACACGCCCCCUACUGCUCACACAUGCCCUCUACUGGCUCCCACACGCCCCCUAUUGGCUCACACACGCCCCCUACUGGCUCACACACGCCCCCUACUGGCUCACACACGCCCCCUAUUGGCUCACACACGCCCCUACUGGCUCAACACACGCCCCUACUGGCUCACCACCCCCUAUGGCUCACACACGCCCCCUACUGGCUCACACACACCCCUACUGGCUCACACACGCCCCCUACUGGCUCACACACGCCCCCUACUGGCUCACACACGCCCCCAACUGGCUCACACACGCCCCCUACUGAGGGAGCGUGUGAGUGGAACCUGCUCGGACCAGCAGCACACCACAGGAGAGUCAGUGGCACCUUAA